AUGUCCUGCUACGACCUGUGCCUGCCCUCCUCCUGCGGUCCCAGGCCACUGGCCACCAGUUGCAACGAGCCCUGCUACCGGCGCUGCGGGGACUCCACCACCGUCAUCCAGCCUCCCACCGUGGUAGUGACCCUGCCCGGGCCCAUCCUCAGCUCCUACCCGCAGAACACGGUGGUGGGAUCCACGGCGUCGGCAGCGGUUGGGAGCUACCUCCGGUGCUGCGGGGUGCCAGUGGCCUCCAGCGGCGCCCGGGGGCUGGGGAAGGCGGGACUGCUGUGCCUCGGUGGUGGGCUGUAG